GCGGGGGGUCGCGGGGCGGCAGCGGCGAGCGCAGCCCCCGCGCCUCUCCCCUCCGCGCUCCCGCGGCCGCCCCCCCCCCGUCUCCCCCGCUCCAUCGGCAAGGACGUGGCUGUUAUAUGAAGACUCUGUGUGGACAGUAAUGACCGCACGUUUCCGAUUGCCUGCUGGCAGAACCUACAAUGUACGAGCAUCUGAGCUGGCACGAGACAGGCAGCAUACGGAGGUGGUCUGCAACAUUCUUCUCCUGGAUAACACUGUACAAGCUUUCAGAGUUAAUAAACAUGAUCAGGGACAAGUUCUAUUGGAUAUAGUCUUCAAGCAUCUCGAUUUGACAGAGAGAGAUUACUUUGGUUUACAGUUGGCUGAUGAAUCCACUGAUAACCCUAGGUGGUUGGAUCCAAACAAACCUAUCAGGAAACAAUUAAAAAGAGGAUCUCCGCACAGUUUGAACUUGAGAGUUAAGUUUUUUGUAAGUGAUCCAAACAAGCUCCAAGAAGAAUAUACAAGGUACCAGUAUUUUUUGCAAAUUAAACAGGACAUUCUUACUGGAAGGUUGCCCUGUCCAUAUAAUACUGCUGCUCUUCUGGCUUCCUAUGCUGUUCAAUCCGAGCUGGGAGACUACAACCAUUCAGAAAACUUGCCAGGCUACCUCUCAGACUAUUCUUUCAUCCCUAGCCAGCCUCAAGACUUUGAAAAAGAAAUAGCAAAAUUACAUCAGCAGCACAUAGGGCUGUCUCCUGCAGAAGCAGAGUUCAAUUAUCUCAAUACAGCACGUACCUUAGAACUUUAUGGAGUUGAAUUGCACUAUGCAAGGGAUCAGAGUAACAAUGAAAUAAUGAUUGGAGUGAUGUCAGGUGGAAUACUAAUUUUUAAGAACAGAGUACGAAUUAACACCUUUCCAUGGUUGAAGAUUGUAAAAAUUUCUUUUAAGUGCAAGCAGUUUUUUAUUCAACUUAGGAAGGAAUUGCAUGAAUCUAGAGAAACAUUACUGGGAUUCAAUAUGGUGAACUACCGAGCGUGUAAGAAUUUGUGGAAAGCUUGUGUUGAACAUCACACGUUCUUCCGUUUGGACAGACCGCUCCCCCCUCAGAAGAAUUUUUUUGCACAUUAUUUCACUUUGGGUUCAAAGUUCCGGUACUGUGGGAGAACAGAGGUCCAGUCUGUACAGUAUGGUAAAGAAAGAGCAAACAAAGACAGAGUAUUCGCAAGAUCCCCCAGUAAACCCUUAGCACGGAAAUUGAUGAGUGGGAUGGACUGGGAAGUAGUGAGUAGGAACUCACUGUCUGAUGAUAGGUUAGAAACCCAGAGCCUACCAUCACGGUCCCCACCUGGAACCCCAAACCAUCGCAACUCUGCCUUCACUCAAGAAGGAGCCCGGUUACGACCCUCAUCAGUUGGACAUUUAGUAGACCAUGUGGUUCACACUUCGCCAAGUGAAGUAUUUGUGAACCACCGAUCUCCCUCUUCCACCCAGGCUAACAGCAUAAUACUGGAAUCAUCACCAUCUCAAGAAACUCCUAUAGAUGGGCAGCCUCCUGCAUUACCACCCAAACAAUUUAAAAAGAACAGUUGGAACCAAAUUCAUCAUUCACACUCACAGCAGGAACUGGAUAACCAUAUUAAUGAAACAUUUGAUGUUCCUGCAUCACCUGAAAAGUCCACACCCAAUGGUGGUAUCCCCCAUGACAAUCUUGUUAUGAUCAGAAUGAAACCGGAUGAAAAUGGAAGGUUUGGCUUCAAUGUCAAGGGUGGAUAUGAUCAGAAGAUGCCCGUAAUAGUGUCCAGGGUAGCUCCAGGAACACCUGCUGAUCUUUGUGUCCCUCGUUUGAAUGAAGGAGACCAGGUUGUACUGAUCAACGGCAGGGAUAUAGCAGAACAUACCCACGAUCAAGUUGUUAUGUUUAUUAAAGCUAGCUGUGAGAGACACUCAGGGGAACUUGUGCUCCUAGUUCGACCCAAUGCUGUCUAUGAUGUUGUGGAAGAGAAGCUGGAGAGCGAGCCUGACUUCCAGUACAUCCCUGAGAAAUCUCCACUCGAUGGUGUCCAUCAAGAUGAUAAUGCUCUGAGGGAAUCCAUGAUUCAGCUAGCAGAGGGGCUUAUCACUGGAACUGUUCUGGCUCAGUUUGAUCAAUUGUAUAGGAAAAAACCUGGAAUGACAAUGUCUUGUGCCAGAUUACCUCAAAACAUUUCCAAAAAUAGAUACAGAGACAUUUCGCCUUAUGAUGCUACACGGGUUAUUUUAAAAAGUAAUGAAGAUUACAUCAAUGCAAAUUACAUAAAUAUGGAAAUCCCUUCUUCCACUAUAAUAAACCAGUACAUUGCUUGUCAAGGUCCAUUGCCAAACACUUGUCCUGAUUUUUGGCAGAUGACUUGGGAACAAGGCUCAUCUAUGGUUGUAAUGUUAACAACUCAAGUUGAACGGGGUAGAGUUAAAUGCCAUCAAUACUGGCCAGAGCCAUCAGGAAGCUCAUCAUAUGGGAAUUUCCAGAUUACCUGCCAUUCAGAAGAAGGAAAUCCUGCUUAUGUGUUUCGAGAAAUGACAUUGACUAAUCUGGAGAAAGAGGAAAGCCGCCAACUGACCCAAAUUCAGUAUAUAGCAUGGCCUGAUCAUGGGGUUCCUGAUGAUUCCAGUGAUUUCCUAGAUUUUGUGUGUCUAGUGCGGAAGAAGCGGGCUGGCAGAGAAGAACCUGUUGUUGUUCAUUGCAGUGCUGGGAUUGGACGGACAGGAGUUCUCAUCACUAUGGAGACAGCAAUGUGUCUCAUUGAGUGCAAUCAGCCUGUUUAUCCAUUAGAUAUUGUAAGAACUAUGAGAGAUCAAAGGGCCAUGAUGAUCCAAACACCUAGUCAAUACAGAUUUGUAUGUGAAGCUAUUUUGAAGGUGUACGAAGAAGGAUUUAUUAAACCUUUACAAGCAUCACCACAUAAAUAAAGAGCAAAAACCCUAGGAUAUCAAUUGAGGAAUCCUGUCCUCUGUAUAAUGAACUGGCAGCAUUCUUUGUGCCAUAAUACUGCUUGCAGGAAGUGAUAGUGAAGUACGGCAAAGAAUUCACAAAGGACUUUGAAAACUUCAGCACUGUUGCACUUUAUGUUGAAACAAAAUCAGUCUCUGAAACUCUUCUAACCUUCAUCUGUUUGAAGACUUUAUUUUCGUGCUUUGCUCCGAACAAACCACAAACUGAAAGAACUAAUCGUGUUCAGGGUAAUCUACGAUAUUUCAUUGUAGUGCCAUAUACUGCGCUUCUGGUUGAAUUGCUACAAACAAGGCUUGGAAUUAUUUCACUUUGUUUUACACCCAUGUCUCUUAAAAAUGGAAAACAAAUGAAAAAAUACACUAAGCCAUGGUCUUUCUCCAGUGCUAGGUUUAUUUACUAUGUACAGACUCUCACUGUUUUGUUUUUUUUACAACAUUAGCAAUAUUGCCGAUACUAGAUAGAUACACACUGCCUACUGAUGCAGCACACUGUCCUACGCCCUUAUUAGAGACCAGCUGGUUGUUAGAGGAAAGCUGGCAUCUGUGUUAACCCAGCAGUAGCUGCAUAAUGCCCACUUACCAGCAUCUUGUAAAAAGAAAAAAAAAAAGAGGAAAAAAAAAAAGAAAACAAUAAUAAAAAUUAAAAAAAAUAAACAGCAUUUCUUUGACACAGCUUGUGUGUCAUACACUGGUGUAUUCUGAUUCAUGUGACUUAAGAUUACGUGAUGGGAACUAGUGCAUGCAUUGUCUUAACCCCUUAAGUGCCUUGAGACUUACAGCGUACAUCCAGUGAAAGGCACUCAUGAUUCUGUGGGGGGUGGUCUUGUCCUGUCGUAUUUAUCUUAAUGGGUUCAGAUUUUAAAAACAGCCCUUGGUGCUUGGAAUAUGUUACUGCAAGGGGUCAUGGAAAUACCGUUCCCUCUUUCCUUAUACAAGUACCUGUGUGCUACACUCAGUAGCAAAAGCACGUCUGCCAACUUAAUGAAUGAGCAUCGUUUGCUGCUGUGUUGUAAUUAUGUGAAAAAUCUGACACAUUCCUUCAUUGCUUUCAACUAGUAACUUACUAGCAGCUUACUAUGAAAUGCUAGUAGGUCAUUAGAAGCUGACACUUUCUUAUCCUUUUAUUGAGAAUAGCUGUCUUGCUCAAUUAGAACAUAAUUCUUUAAUAGCACUGAUAAUUAAGUUGAAUUUACAAUCAGAUGUGAUUUAAUUCCAUUAUCUGCUAACCAGUUAUUUUUUAAGUCCUCAUAGUUGAUUUCAAGCCAUGUUCGUACAGGUCUGCCUUUUAUUUUUCUAAUUGUUUGGGGGUGGGGGGUGAGGAAGGAGAACACUAUAAUGCUGUCCCAGAACUUUAAUUCCAUAAUGACCCCAGUCGCCCUCUGUUUUGCUUGUGCAAAGUUGUUCCAGUUGAUAUGGGUUGCUUCUUAUUUAAGUAGGUAGAAGAUUUGUUACAAAUAUCUGUCUGAUACAGUAUCUGAGCUCACUCUAAGGAUAUAUAUAUAUAUAAUGUCCCAAUUGUUAAUGUUUUUCCAGUAUAGAAGAAACCAAGUCAGAAGCAAGGUGUCCGUUGUAAUAUACUGUAAGAAAAAAAAAAAUAAUCAGUCACUUCUUUGACUGCCCUGCAACAACAUAACUUUGUGCCCUCUAUUUAAAAAAUAGUAAUUUAUUGGUUUCCUGAAAAUGUUUAUCCAGUAAAUUUUAUUAUAAGCUAUAUAGAGCAUAGAAUUAAAAUGGAAAGUUCUACACUAAAUAAGUUUUUAACUAUUGAAGAAUUAUAUUAUAUAAUAUACUGUGUUCUAUGGACAUUGAAAGAGAUCAGCUAUGAAAUAUUAAGUGAAAAGGGAUUCAGGCAAAGUGAAAUCCUGGCUUACGACUUAGUAAUAAACAUGAACCACAAUGCCAAAUGGAAAACAUAGUUUUAAAUAUUUUUAGAAAACAAUAUAAUAUUAGAUGGCCUGUGGCCUUGUUACUUAUAUUUCUAGAUUUGAUGCCUAAAUCAAUAUUAUUCCUCAGCGAAAAGUGAAUCUUACAAGAAUCUCUGGAUCUGACAAAUUGAAAAAGAGUGAUAAAGUAGCUUUAAUCUCAGUUUUAUUUUAAGCCAUUUGCAACAACAACAACAAAAGUCUUCUUUAGUAAAGUUUAAGCUUUAACUUGCAUACAAUGAUAUUAGCUGAGAUGCCAGCUAGCUGGAAGGUUAUUUUAAACUCAGCACUUAAUGUCUACAAAUUAAAAUAAUUCAUUCAUAUACUGAAGUAAAUGUUCUUCGUAGUCAAAUUGUAAAUGAAAAUAGCAUUUGCCCUUUUUCUCUGAGGGGAACAAGAAAUGAAGUUUAUAGCAACACUGCAUAGUGUUGGGAUGUCACGUAUUUAAAAUGUGAAGUUGCCAAAGCAGUUUGAGUUCAAAAGACCCAUUUAUACCACAAUUAUUGUGUGGGAUAUUUAUCGGUCAUCUGUCAUUAUCGUUUUGAUUACAAAUACAGGCAAGUAUAACAGGUCUCUUCAGAAUCUUCCUCUGCGUUGACUUAAGCUGAUGGGUUGGCGUGCAUUAACUGGUUGCACUGGGAAAGAAGUUGAAGCAAAGCAACUCUUCUUUUAUAACUGCUCAUCAGCUGAUCAGGGGCAUUUGGGCUUCUGGAAAGCAGAGUGGUAACCAAAAACCGAUUGGGAAAGAGAAUUAGCACUGAAGCCUUCCUGCACCAUACAUCAUUCAUUCAAAUGUUUCUACUGGUUGUGGUAUAAAUGGCCUUUCAAAUAUUUUUAUAUGGCCAAAAAAAAAAAAAAAAUCAAAACUGCUAAAGAUUUUACUUUGGGUUAUGAAGAUCUGUAUCAUCCUUCAAACUUUUUAAAGAAGUUUUUGUAUGUUUCAUGCUAUACAAACAUGAAUGUAUCUUUCAGACAAAAUGACCUAUACGUGAUCAGUGUUAUGACUGUUGGAUUUUAUGAAUAAUUAUUUUCAUACCAUUUGAUUAGGAAAAAUAUUGGGUGGGUGGGAGAAAGAGUAUGUUUGUAACACUUCCAUGAUACAAAUCCAGUUUUAAAAAAGAAAUGAAGUUUUCAUUGUAAAUAAGAGCAAUAUUAUGACAGUUUUCUGCCGAUGUAUAAUGUCAAGAUUUUUGUUUUCCUUUUGGGUUCAAACUGAAAACAACCACUACCAUCUCAUUUAAAGUGGAUUUGAAGGGUUUUUUUGGUAGAAAAACAUGGGGCUCUAGAGAGAAGGCUUUGUGUGGUUUUGGGGGCAUUUUUUAUCUUUGCUAAAUAUGAAAUAAGAUGCAGGUAUCGUUUUAUAAAUCACCUGCAGAUUGUCAGCCAAUCCAUUCUGAGAAAUACUGCGUCAGAUGUAACAGAUAACUGAGAGCUGCAGACUUCAUUUGUCCUAAACUUAGAAGCAUUUGGUAUUUUAAGUAGUGUACUUGUCUUAAGCAGUAACUCAUUGCUUUUAUGCAUUUAAUUUUUAUAUAUUCUCUCCUAGUUAUGAAAACGAGCUUGAUUGUAUCACACUACAUUUAAUGUUAACUGAAGUUUUUUCCUGCAUUUUUUCUGUUCAGUCUUGGAAGCUUACAUCCCAUACAGAUAGAACAACAGCGCUUCAUCUAGUAUAGCUGAUUAUACGCUGGCACACCAUCUAUGAGAGAGAGGGUGAGAAGGCAGUUGGGAGACUAAGGAACAUGAGGUGUUUGAUAUGGAACCCGGCAACUUUCCAGAGAGAGCUUCCGAAAAGCUUUGUGGUACCCAUGAAAGGGCCAGAGUGCAGCAUUGCUGCUGCAGUUGCACUGCCCAGAGAGACGGGAAGAAGAGGAGGUCUUGCAUAGGGAGGCUGGAGCUCCAGGUGUGUCGUGGAGCUGAAUUAUGUGAUAUUUUUAUGCUUGUGUAGGUGUGUGGGCGAUGUUUGAUGGCUCAGGGAAUUAGCAUGAGCAUGAAAAACUACAGAUCCACCAUCUGCAAAUCUCCAAGCGAAACCAGGUUGUCCAAUACACGCACUGUAGUUGUGACCGUAGAGCCACUACGCAGGCAAUCUGAAAGACCCUCAGCCCUGAGGAUAAAGGGAGGAAUUGGAAUAUGGUCCGUAUUCAAAUUCUGCAUAUUUGGAUUAGCACAAAGUACAGGAAUGGUGCCCUCUAAUGUCACUUAUGUAAGUCUUUUUAUAGCACAUAUGUCCUCAGGUGGCUGGGAAUAUUCUCUUAUUUAAAUACCCAUCUUUUGUCUCAAGACUGGAAAAGCUCUUUUCCAUUGCCACUUCUAGUGCUGGGAUCAAAUAUAAAAAUCUUGUAAAUAUUUAUAUAUUCAUUGAUUAAAUGUGGAUCUUGCACGAAAUUGCAGAGAUUGGUUAGUGGUGAUUGGGAAGCUGUUACAAGGGGAAAAGGAUUUGUUUGUUUUAAUAUAACCGUUUUGUCCAAUCUCAUUUAACUCACAGCAGUUAUAAACAGAAAAAAAAUUUUUUUUUAGUUUAGCAAUCUGCAAAGGAGGCUAGUUUGUCACCACUGGACUUUACCUCUGUCCUAGUUGCUAGCACAAUCGUGCAUCUUCACAGUUCAUUGGGCUUCUCCAGCUGCAAGUUUAACUGGUGCACAAGCUGCAAGCUCCAGCUGCUCACUUUGGCAUGUUUUGUUCAUUGAGAGCUCAUUUGGUAAAACUUUGGGAGAUAUGACUUUAAAACAAACAAAAAAAAAAGCCGACAUUUUUGGUAAAAAAAGUAUGUACUUUUUGGAUUGUUCUAGUAUGCUGUAGGAUGAACUUUGGUUUCACAGACUGGCUGACAGUUUGCUGGUUGUGUUAUUUCAUAUUUAGCAAGCUUACGUGUUUUAAAGGGUGAUUUUUUUCGAAGUGUUUUGAUGUUUGAAUGGUAGCACUUUAUCUCAUGCUUACUACUGACUGAACUAUUGGACAAAAUAAAUUGGGUUUGGAGAGAGAUGCUUAAUGGGUUUCUGUACAGAGAUGAUUUGGAUUACACCCUGGUACGAAUGAUUUCUGUUGUUCCAACCAUUUCUGGUUUACUGCUCAUGUAUUUGAGGGACUUUCAGAAAACAGAUAUUAAUAAUUCGUCACCUCAAUUUUCCUGUCAUAAAAAGAAUAUAGAGCUUGCAUUUAAAAAAAAAAAAAAAAAAAGCGCAAAUGGAAACUACAGGGUACUCGUAAAUUUAUCUCUGUGAUCUCUCUCAGCUAGCUGCAGAUUAGCAAAGUUUACUGUAAGUGGUUCUGCUAAGCAUUAUUUUUAACAUUAGAUCAAUUAUCUGGAAAUCAGUAUUUUUUUUUUUACUUAACUUAUUUGAAUUUUGAUAACUAAAGGUAAUGCACAACAAAGUUUAAAGAAGUUGUCAUCCUUUUACUCCAAGGCCAGGGGCCUAAGACAUGAGUGAAAGGGGUAAACAGUUUACAUUAAGCUGUUGUUUUCUUUAACUAGGAUGUAUCCACAAAGACUAGGCUAUAAACUACCCAGUGCAAUUAUCUCAGUACAUUGGGGCACCACAGUAACAACCCGUAAUAAUCGUACAGGAAAAUUAAGGUAAGAAAACUAAGAUUUUUGUUUUACCCAGUGUACUCAGAUUUUAUUCCAUUUGGUUUGGUUCGUUUACCAGUGAUCCCAUUUUAACCAGUCAAUUUGGCAGGGCUGUUUGUGUAAGGUUUGGGGUUUUUUAUUUUCUGUAACAGGUGCUAUACUAUCUGUAAAUACAAAGGGAAGAAUAUUAUCUAGAUCAUUAUUAACAAUCAGGAGGUGGCAAUAUUUUUUGCUAGUUACUUCUGGUAAUUAAUUUGCAUUUCCAGCUGUGGCUUUCAGUUGUCAAAUUUCAUCUCCAUUUCGUACUGCUCAAUGAUUGACAAGUGUGAAGUAAAUCAUCUCAGAGUUGAAUAGCUUUUGUUGUUUAGACUAACUCUUGUGUAUCUUUAUUAAUGUUGGGAGGGUGGGAAGCUUCUUCCCAUAAGCAGACUUUUGCCUAUAAAUUUGUUUAAAAGCACAUGGCGGGGUGGGGGACGCUUUAAAACACAACAUCUUGGCUUAAAUCGCCAGGGUAGCUGAUUGAAAACGAUGGAAACUUGAAAUUGGUCAACACUGGACAAUGUGAAAAUGAAUUCAGCUUUUGUCACUGCAGCUACUGUAUGCUUUAAAGGGCCUUAUGUAUUUGUCCUCAUUUUGAUAAAAUGAAAUUUCUUGCCAUUAAAACAAUACACUAACAUUCUAUCGAAAACCAGCAGUUCCCAGAAUAAAUAUGCUAAUUAACAUUUAACAAGUCUUGUUUUAGUCUUAAGUAAAAUUUCAUUCUAUUAUGUGAAAAAAUGCUGUUAUGCAUAUUUUGUGGAUAUAUUUAAUUUCAGUUGACAAAUAGUUGUCUAGGUACAGACUUGAAAAUAUAUAUAUAGUUUACUUGUGGAUCUUAAUUGUUUAAUUGCAAAAUAAAGAUGUGCUUUAGUAAUUUAAAGUUUAUUUUUUUUUUUUAUUUUCUUGCUGCUGUACACAUGGUUUUACUCUGCUACUUUUAUACAGUUCGGAUGCCAGAUAAUGUUCAUCUUGUAUUUUAUUUUAUUUUAUUUUUUGACAUUGUAUUCCAUAAAUACAAUCCUGCUUUCAUUUAGAGAGGAUUUGUAUGUUUGCACUGAGCACUAGUGGAGGAUGCUAAAUUAACAGAAGUGAAAUUGCUUGAUUACAGAAAAUGCAUGACAGUAUCAGUUGAUGUUUUUUACGUGAAAAUAUAUACCAUAAAUUU